GCCUCACCAACCAUAGUGAGGAGAAGUCUUUUCACUCUAUCCAUCUAUCCAUCUACGUUCACUGCGAAAUCAAUACACAGCAUAUCUUAUGCUGCUGGCUGACUGACUCCAAUGCACCUUCCAUUUGUACAAGGAGGCUCAAGAACCUCACUUGGGCAGGAACAUUCCGUGAAAGAGGAAACGACAACACCUCGUGUAGUCAAAACACCCUUGACUGUACCUUGACUAUCCUGGACAAGACCGAAUCUUAAUGCCUCCGCCGUCCUCCCCCAUGGUACACGCAAAUCCCGCUCUGUCAGCUUCUAUAUCAGGCGCGUCAUCAAACAAGUCUAGCGCAUUUUCAGACACUACCAAGUUACGAGUCAAAAAAAUACAUGGGGAUACGUGCUGGGCGUGCGGUAAUGAGUCACCUCACAUUUGCCAUGUUGUGGCACAAGAAGAUAGACAGGCUCCGCUUUGGAGUGAACUUGGGCUUAUAGACUUCCCAAUAAAUUCAUAUCUGAACGCAGUUCCUCUUUGCCUGACUUGCCACAGCCAGUUUGACUGCUCCAUCGACCCGGGUUUGGUUCUUAUGCCACUAGACCUCGAUUUCUUCAUCAAGUUUGAGAUAAUGGACAGAGACCGCUGCAAGAAAGCAGCUGAGGAGGGGUUUCCCUCAAGGCGAAUGGCCCCCACUUUUGAAGACUACAAGCAACAUCAAGUCGAGCAGGGUAUCAUCACCGCCGAUGCUAUUGGCGGGAAGUAUCUACCUAUAUUCCUCAAAUCCUAUCUGCAUGUCGGUCUACUUGAUUUCGACAUUACCGAAGCAUUAUCAAAACCCAGAGAUUGGCACGGCGCCCCCAUGGCUUCUAUUCGCAGGUGUAUCCACGCACUUGGUAGCCCCCGUCUUGGCAUGAGGAACCCGGCAGCUUACCAUAAGCUGCAGCGCCUAUACGAGCUAUACUUUUGCAAUAAUGAUAACUCCUCUCCAUUAUCCAACACUUUAUCCGACCACCCAACGCAAUCCGGAAAGAAACGCCAGUAUGGUGAUUCCACAGGUGAGCCUCAUUCAAAGAGGCACCAAGGCCCUCAGGCAGAUAGUGGGAGUUCUAGCCGAGAAACUACAUUCUGUCCGACCCUCCAACGAGAAGUGCGUGCGUAUUGGACCCUAGGACCAGAUGUUUCGGCUGAGGAAGCGGGCGGAUCAGAAGGCGCCCGGACACUGUCCACGUCCGGCAGGCAGAUGUUCAUGGUGGAUGAGUUCCAAGAUACAGGAAGGCCUCUGCUUAGCGUCCUAGCAGAUCCGAAUAGCAUCUUCAUCAAAGCUCUGGCAAAGUUCAGAAAUUGUUCAGUAUACGCAAAUAUUGUUAACGACUGUUUGACAGCUUUCUUCAUGACCGCUCUCUUGACGACGAACCCAUUCCAGGACCUAGAGAACAUGGACAUCAACUAUGUGAACGGCUAUGCACCGGUUGUCAUUAAUCCUGAUAAUUACUUCUGCCUGCGAGAAAAUGAGAGCUGCCCUUAUUCAUUUCUCAAGUUCACCCUAUUCCUUUUGACAGAAUUCAUUCUGAAACCAAGUUUCAGAAUGAGUAUAACAAAAAGCAACUUUAUUCUUCUCUUCUAG